UUAGCUCCUCCAUUCACACCCAUCCAAACAAAACUGCAAUCUCCUGGACAGAGUGGGGUGGACAGUGACUUUGGUGUGGGUGGGGGAGGGCAGGAUUGUGCUUCCAGAGCAAGCCACUCCACAACAAGCAGCAGCAGCAGCAGCAGCAGCAGCAGCAGCAGCAGCAGCAGCAGCAGAGCUGAGCUGGGACCAUGCAGCUGCUGACAUUUGCUGUGGGGCUGGGUCUGCUGUUUGUGGUUCCAGCCAUGAUGCCUCCUCUGACUCCUGCUCGUGCUGAGCAGCUUUUAGGGAAGUGGUACAUAAAGCGCUGGGCAGGAGACAUGCCUAUUCCUGAGUGGAAAUGGAGAGACCCACUGCCUCCCUUCACUUUUGAAAGAAACAAUUUUGAGGAGCUGGAGUUCAGAAUGAACCUGACGAAACCCAUUGGCUGCAUUCCGUUCAAGCUGGCCCUGUAUGAGGGAGAGGACCUUGGCACAUUCCUUACCUGGUGGAGGCACCUCAUCUACAUCCACUUCCUGCCUGGGAAGAACUUCGCCAUUGCCUACUUCAGGGGCAAAAUGAACUAUUGGUAUUUCCAGAUCAUGAUGCUCAUGGGCCGUACUCUGAAUCCAAACAUAGAGUCUCUGAAGAUCUUCAAGGCGUUUAUGAGGAGUAAAAUGGGGCAAACAGCCAAGACAAAGAAGCCUCCCCAUGCUGAAGCCUGUGAGUUACCCAGAGACUCCUAGUGCAAAGGGAGUUGCUGCAGAGACCUGGCAGAAGCAGCAGUGUGGGCCCUCACUGCUCUCUCCAUCUUGGCUGGAAAACUAGUGUCAAGAAAGGAAAAGGCAGGGCCCAGAGCCUACACCUCUUCCCAGAAGGCCUCUGCUUUAAAUAAAGCUGGUCAAUGUUCCCUGGCCACAACA